AGAGAGGAUUCGACAACGUGUUCGCCGAGUUCGACAAUGCGUACGUGGCAGUAAGGGAUAAGUUCGAAAAUGAAAAGAAAGAAAAGGGUGUGUGUGCCAGAGUGAGAAUACGAAUAGUACAAGAAGCAGUUCUAACACGGGAUGCAUUCAAUGGGAAGCUAGAGAUUGAAAAUGGCGAGAAUUCUGCUCUGACAAAUAUUAAAGUGGAGCUUCACAUCUUCAAAUCGGAAGAUGUAACCCAAGAACAUAUGAUAGAGCAUUUUGCAAUAGGAGAUCCAGAUCUAAACGGAAUCAGCGCGGUGGAUGGCUCGGGGAGUCUAGCCAAAGGAAAGAGUGGGUCUGCCGAAUGGUUGAUCAUCCCUUAUUCAACAGCUGCGCCAACUGAGGACGUCCUAUACGACAUCGGAGGUGUGCUCACCUACUUUGUUGAUGGAGCUAAUUUUACUGCUCCACUGCUUGCUGAUAGUGUUACUGUGAAACCAGACCCACGCCUGCACAUUCAUUACUUUCAUGAGAAGUACGUUGAAGCUGAUGAUCCAUUCACAAAAGAUGUGGUUGAACCAUCUAUUCCAUUUAGCUUGGC